AUUACCUUCGUAUCUGUUUCACGAUCCUCACACUCUAUUAACGGAAAGAAUAUUCAGGCUCGUUUCAAGUGCAUUCCCGAUGGCAUCUACAUAUCCAUCAAUGUCGACUCUCUGAGACGCCGGAAAUCGGAAAUUGACCAUCGGUGUCUUAUCAUCCAAUGAAUUUGUAGCAUUGGGGAAAUACUAUAACUCUUUCACCACAUGUCUCAUUUGCGCUGCCAGUGGAGAUCAGGGCAUUCUGUGAGCUUGGUUUGAUACUGUGAAGUCGCUUGACACGCGAAUGCAGGCCACGCACAAUUUGCCAAAUAUGUGGCGAGCAAGACAGUCCCACCUGAACGACUCUGUAGAGCAUUUUCAGUUGGUUCUGGACCAGUGUCCGGUCAGCUAUCCAAACCACGUGAUGGCUCUCACCAACCUUGCGUAUGCGCGCCUUCAAGGGUAUAUUCGCACUUCAAACAUCGACUCCAUCACUUUCCUCUGCCGCGAUGCCCUUGCAUUGCGUCGCAGGACCGUCAAUUUGCUCGUCCUCAGCUUACUAGAUUCGGGCUGCUCCAGUUUCGUUUCUGGUUUGCAAGUCAAAGCAUGGUGUUCGCGCGUCCUAGACCUAAAACAAGCCGAGGCUUCAAGGAAGCCCCAGACUCUGGAAACUCGGGUCUGGCGACAAUCCUGUCUCGAGGAAAGGGAUGAUAUCGGCGAGUAUGACGCAAUUGCAAAGCUUGUCCAGAAUCCAGAUAACGAUGAUGAACACUACGUUUCUUCAAAACCUCGACAAGUUUCUAUCAAGCCACGUCGGACAGCCUUAAUAUGCAGCUAGCGCCGUGGGCCAUCUCGGAGUUCAUAGCUUCAUUGAGCCUAUCUCU